AUGUCUCUACCGUCGAAAUAUGCCCCACAAGGGAUUUCCAAAGAAUUAGAACGUAAAGUCACAGUGUCAGGCAAUCGCCAAAGAAAGAAACCAGUGAAUUAUGUUUUCCGACAUAUUGAAAACAAAGUGAACGAAGCUGUGGAGAAUCCUAAAAAGUACAAUCGCGAUGAUUAUCAAGACAUCGAGAUGGUUCCAAUUGAAGGAUCCGAGGAGGUGGAGGUAAUUCAGCAAUAUAUCACGGAAUCAAGGAACCUGGGGCUUAUAAGCCAGUCAGAUGAUAUGGAACUAGAUAAUUUUUACACUAAAACUGUUCCAGUACAUCUCGAAGGAAACGUGUCGUACCUUAUCGUAGACACAAACUUUCUUUUAUCCCAUUUGAAAACUUUAGAUGAACUAAAAGCUCUAGGCCCGAGAUUUGGCUUGCGCAUUAUCAUUCCGAUAGCUGCCAUACAUGAACUCGAUGGACUAAAGAAGGACAAUAGGUCCCACCAUCAUCGCGAUUCUAAUCUUUCUACUGAAUCUGUUUCACACUUAGCAAGAUGGGCCAAUGAUUGGGUAUAUAAAGCUCUAGCCGAUAAUUCUUCUACCGUAAUGGGACAAAAAGCACAUCAGAGGUUAAAUAAGCUUGCAAUUAAGGAUGACGCUAUUCUCGACUGUUGUUUGUCUUUCAAAAAAGAGUUUGCCCACUCGCUUCAAGUUCUCUUGUCUAACGACAAGAACCUUUGCAUGAAAGCACUUCUGAAUGACGUGCUUACAGUCAGCUACCAGAAGAAUAUGGAUGCGAAGCUCAUUGCAGAAAUGAUUCUCAAAGAGAAUAUUCAUCGAUUUGGAAGAAUCGAACAAAACAAAACUGUCAAUCAAGAAAUCGAGGUUAAAAUUUCACAACACCCGCAUAAGAUCCAAAAUGUCCACGAAACGAUUUUCAAUGAAAUACUGAUGCUUGUCAUUUCUGUUGUCAAACAUUGUAUGGAAUCAGAAUACGGUGACGAAAUUGAUCUUUUACGUAAUUACAAUAGUGACAAAAUAAUUUCAUUGAGAAAAGCGACAGAAGUUAUUAUCGAGUUUUGGCUCCCUGUUUUUUCACUGCAUUUACGGCAGAUGAAACAAUUUACAAUUGAUCAGUAUAAAGACGCCAAAGAAAUGUGUGAAACCCCACAGGACAGGCUUAGCCUUGAAGUAUUUCUCGAGUUCUGGGUCACAGUUUUGAGAGCUUUAUAUGACCAUGAGAUGGACUCCACACAAAAGGCCUCUUUAGAGUCUCUCAUCAAAAGAUGGCAUGAAAUGCUCCAGUCUGUAUGA